AUGAGAAACUUUACACUGGAGUUGCUGAAGGAAUCCGAGACCUGCCCUAGAAUCUUCCACUACUUCCAUCUGAAUCCGAAUGACAUCUUGUUUGGACCCUUCUACCACUCCAAUACCCCUAUGGAGAUGAUAGAGGAACUGACUGAGCAAGUACUUGAUACAGUGUUUAACAUCCAUAUAAAAGCGAAGAUUGAGGAGUUCAACAAGAAGGCGGAGGAGUUUGAAAGAGAAGAAAGAUCAAUCAAACAACCAAAUAUUGGGUUGGAAGCGUUCAUUAAAAUUUCAGGAGGGCUUGAGGGAGGAUCAGAACCUCCAGCUUUCCAGCGUGCUGAGAGGGAAAGAACAAUGAGAAAAGAAGAUGUUUCUCAGAAUGCUGAUGAUUCGAGUUUUGCUACCUCUGCCUGCCAAAACAACAGUAAACAUUUAAAUGUACCGACUGAUGGCAAUUUUAACUUUUUUCUUUUCACGUAG